AUGGAUACCAAGGAAGAAGAAAAGGCGGUGGCCGGCACCAUCGCCGACCCUGAAUUGACUUCGCUGGACUCGGCAAGCUUGAUAAAGGGCGAUAUCCUGGGCCAAGAGUCCACAGAUCCUGUGCUGAAUGCGAAAAUGAAGCUUGUCAACGACACCAUUGAGGAAAUCGGAUGGACUGGCUAUCAAACGAAGCUCUUUUUCUUGAACGGUUUCGGAUACGCGGUCGACUCGUUGAUUCUCCUGAUCCAGUCCAUCACAGCUAGUCAAGCGGCUCUGGAGUUCCGAGCGACUUUCGCCGAAGGCCAAACGAUAGCCGUGUAUGUCGGUAUGCUUGUUGGCGCACUAUUCUGGGGUCUCAGUGCGGAUGUGAUCGGACGAAAGUUCGCAUUCAAUUGCUCUUUGAUGAUUUCCUCCGUAUUCGCUAUCGCCGCAGGCGCCAGUCCAAAUUGGGAGGUGUUGGGUCUCUUCAACUGUCUCUCGGCUUUCGGAUCUGGCGGAAAUCUUGUCUUGGACACGGCGGUCUUCUUGGAAUACCUUCCUGGGCAAUAUCAAUAUCUUUUAACGCUUCUUGCGGCAUGGUGGGGCGUCGGACAAUUGACUGUUGGUUUAUUGGCAUGGGCUUUCAUGCCUAAAUGGUCUUGUCUCGAUUCCGACAGCUGCACUUGGCAGAACAACAAGGGAUGGCGUCUUGUCUGGUUUGUAUCUGGAGCCCUUGUACUGGUCAUGUCGGUACUACGCGUCACCGUUAUUCGCUUGAAGGAAACCCCGAAGUUCCUGUUAGGAGAGGGCAAAGACGAUGAGGUCGUCGAAGUCUUGAGCUCGAUUGCGGUUAAGUACAACCGCCCUUGCAGCCUUACCGUUGAAAGGCUGCAAGCGUGCGGUGUCACAGGGCAGCCCGAUGGACGUCGUGCUUCGCUCUCCCACGCCAGGAACAAAUGGUCCAUCGGCGAGAUCACUGUGCAUUUCCGGGGCCUCUAUGCCACCAAGCGGAUCGGUAUAUCCACAUCCCUCAUCUGGUUCUCAUGGUUAUUGAUUGGACUUGCUUAUCCGUUGUAUAACGUCUUCCUACCAAUAUACCUCAAGACCCGUGGCGCUCAGUUCGGCGAGACUAGCGAGUACAUCCGCUGGCGCAACUAUGCCCUGGUAAAUAUGGCCGGAAUUUUUGGGCCGAUUCCCGCGGCCUAUAUGGCGAAGUCUCGGUACUUUUGGGGAAGGAAAGGCACCAUGAUAAUCGGGGCCAUCUUGACUUCGAUAUUCUUCUUCGCAUACACCCAAGUCCGGAGUGCUGAUCAGAAUGUGGCAUUUACCGUCGUGGUCAAUUUCUUGCUGAAUAUUUAUUACGGCACACUCUAUGCAUUCACUCCUGAAGUGCUACCAAGCGCACAUCGUGGGACUGGCAAUGGAAUUGCAAUCGCGUUGAACAGAUUCAUGGGUAUAAUGUCAGCGGUCAUUGCGCACUUCGCUGACACAGCCACGUCCGUUCCAAUCUAUAUCUGCGCAGCUCUUUACAUUGUAAUGGCCAUUGUGGCCGCCUGCUUCCCCUUCGAACCGCACGGCCGACGAAGCUCUUGAUUCCAUAGCGACUACAGGAUAGAACAGCAAGUGGACUCCAGAUGGGGGAAUUGGCAGUAGGUACGGCCAAUUCAGGGUAUUAUUUGGUUGCGAUUAUUUCUGGGAAGGGUGGCUUUGUGAUGCCGAGCCCUACGGCCUUCGUUGAUAGUUAGUAUGAUACCCAAUACAAGUAUACAACCAAG